CCAUCUUCUUAAUAGGUACUCAUCAGCUUCAAUCAACUGGCAAUGAUAAUAAAAAAAGAACCAAAUUUUCGUUAAAAAUUGGUCGAUAACGGAAUAAACACAAUUGCCAAUGAAUGUGGGUGAAUAUGUGUUGGCAGUGAUGAUUAAGGGUGCACGCAGAAUGAAUGCUCAGGAAAUGCUAGAUGUGCAGGAUGUGGUGCGCAUCUGUGAUGGGUGAUGCAUCUGCGUGAUGGAAGAAAAGAAAAGAAGGAAAGGAAAAAAAGGGAAAAAACAGAGUUGGGAAAACAGAAACAUAAUGGCAUAGCUAAUCUUUACAGAACUGACGGAAACCUAUUAUAUACUGCUACGAGAAAAGUCGACAUGAAGCCAUCGUCAAUCGCGAGGUAUCGCAUCAAUCGCAAAUCGUGGUGUUCUGUUUUCGGUUUGCUCGGCCGCGUGGCGGCUUAGGAAGCUUCAGCCAAUAAGAUAAGCUUUCACAGCCAUGCAAUGCAACCCUUGGAAGGUCCCGAGGUCAGCCAGGGCUCCUGAUCGCAAAUCCGACACACAGCCACCUCAGCUCCCCUUUCGUCUCUACCUUCCAAAGUUUCAUCUUUAUUCCUUCAUCCUCAAGUUCCAUCAAUUCUGAAUAUCCUCAACCUCUUAAUAUGCCAUUUUAGCAUUUCCAAGGUUUUCUGUUCAUCAUUUACAAGUUUUGCGCACCCGUCUACAAGAUGGCCAUCCUACGAAAAUUACCUGUGUUCUUGUCUCUUGCAUCCGCCCUCCAAGUCGCCCUAGCAAACCCCACUCCCUUCAAGUCCACUGCCGACGAUGAAAACGACACGCCUCUACCAGUCGUGAUCUGGCACGGACUCGGCGACACCUUUUCCGCAGAGGGACUGCAGUCCGUCGGCGCGUUAGUCGAGAAGGUGAACCCGGGCACGUUAGUCUACUACGUGCGCCUGGACGAGAACCCCUCCAACGACCGAACAGCGACCUUCUACGGCAACGUGACAGACCAGAUCGCGAAGGUAUGCGACGACCUCGCAUCCCAUCCCAUCCUCUCGACGGCGCCGGCCAUCGACGCCGUGGGCUUCAGCCAGGGCGGGCAGUUCCUGCGGGGCUACGUGGAGCGGUGCAACUUCCCGCCCGUGCGGACGCUCGUGACGUUCGGGAGCCAGCACAACGGCAUCGUCGACUACAAGGCCUGCUCCGCGGCCGACUGGCUGUGCAAGGGCGCCAUGGCCCUGCUCCACGGUAACACCUGGAGCUCGUGGCUGCAGAGCCGGCUCGUGCCCGCGCAGUACUUCCGCGACCCCACCGACCUCGACAGCUACCUCGAGAACUCCAACUUCCUCGCCGACAUCAACAACGAGCGCGCCGUCAAGAACGAGACCUACGCGAAGAACAUCGCGAGCCUCGAGAACUUCGUCAUGUACCUCUUCGACGACGACACUACCGUCAUCCCGAAGGAGACCGGCUGGUUCGACGAGGUGAACGGCACCGCGGUCACGCCGCUGAGGGCGCGUCCCAUAUACACCGAAGACUGGAUCGGUCUGAAGGCCCUCGACAGGAAGGGUGGGCUGAAAUUCAACACUACUCCUGGCGGUCACAUGCAAUUAACGGAUGAGGUGCUCGAGGGAACAUUUGGUGAAUUCUUCGGUCCUUUCAAGAAGAGCGCUUUGAAGGACGACCAGGAAAUAGGCGAGCUAUAAUCGCUUAGACAUCUUUUAGCUAUGUAUACCCUUAGUAAUUACCUGCGGAGGGCUGGAUAGGGAUCACGAUUACGCAGCAGCAAAUGUGGAUUGAUGGAUUAAUGUAACGUUUUGCCAUGGAAUAAAUCUCUUGAUUAAGAAGCUU